AUGAGUUCAUCACUGUCGCAUUCAGCUGCACCCCAGAAGCUUAGCUCAAACUUUGAGAACAGCACCAUUCAGCAACAGAGGCAAGAAAUCCAGCUUUUAACUGCAGAACUGAAAGAUCGUGAUAAGGAACUCAGUGACAUGGUUGCAGUGCAUCGGAAACAGAUUCUGGCCUGGGAACGUGAUCGGCAGAAAAUACUGACUUUAGCAGAACGAUGCAAUUUACUAAACAAUGAGCUGAAGAAGAGAAAUGAAAUCAUAAAAUCACUGACACAACAGAAGUUUAAAGAGAUGUCUCAAAAAGUAACAGAUGCAACUGUUCGCUGUCAGGCUCUGGAGGAGAAAAAUCAAAGUCUCCACUGCUCAGUUUUUGAACUGUCUGCUAAAACAGGCCAGCUGCAGGCAAGGGAACAGGAGCUUCUUACAAUGCUUAAGCUGAAGGACGAGGCUAUACUUGAAACAACUGAUCACAUUACUGAAUUUACAUCUAAAUUCAGAAAGCUGGGAAGUGCACUGCAUGCAGCAGAGGUAGAGAAAUUCAAUCUCAACAAAAAAAUACAAGACCUCACAGUGAGACUGAAAGAGCUGAUACUAGAAAGAAAUAAGCUGAAAGAUGACCUCUGUGAAAAGGUGAAAGAAAGUAAUAAGCAGGAGGAAGAAAUCAUUCAGCUCAGACAAGAAAAUGGCUACCUGAGGGAUGAGCUUGUGCUUACUGUUGAGAAAGCAAAGAGAGUGGAUCAGCUGCUUCAGUUUGCCAAGUCUAAACAAGCACGGACUAACACUGAGCUAGAGAGCCUGCGACAGAUCUACCUAAAACAGCAGUGUGACUUGCAAUUUCUCCAUGUCAAUUUGGAGAGCUCUCAGGAAUUAAGGCAAAAGCAUGAAAAAGCAGCUCAUGAAGGGAGCACAGAUCUGACAUUCUCUGCCCCUGAAAAUAACAGCGAGACAGACUUGGUUAGUUCUGAGGGCAGCCACGAGAUAUACAAGGAGUGUAGAACUGAACAGGUGCCAAAAAGUAGGGUAAAAACCACCUCCAAGAUGCGUGAGGCAGAUAAUAGACUGUUACUGGAUGCAUCAGACUCAGAAGAAACUACCUCAGAGCACUUAAACCAAGAAGUUGUGAAAGUCUUGUCUGCCCUUACAGAAGAAGAAAAGCAAGAUAUUGCAUCAAGCAGUUAUGAGCUAGACAGCAAAGCAUUUUGUGAGGCGAACAACACAAUGCCAUUGAGAAACAGGGAAACUUCUGAGAAUGAAGUGGAAAGCAGAGACCAGCAAACCUUUGAGUCAUCUUUACCUGGAAGCGAGCAUUGUCCCAAUGUCAGUUCUUAUGUGGAGUUACAAAGUACUUUGACCCAGAACACCAGCACAUCUGACAAAACUGGUAGUGAAAAUAAAACCUGGGAAGAGGGAACUAAAAUUCUGUUUUACCAAAAGAGCAGAGAGACUCCUCCUGCAAUUCACAAGUCUGAAUCUGAUUCCUCUAGUGAUAACUUCAAUAUGAAAAAAGAUGCCAGGUGGAAGCCGGUAUCAGAUAUGGAAUGGCUGGAGAGUUUCAAACCCAUAAAUGGAGAUGGAAGUACAUGGCAUGGAAAAGAUUGCAGCUGUCUCAAGACUGGACAACAGAUGAAACAUGUCAGCUCAGAAAGUGGUGACAAUGUGGAUCUGGGUUCUUUUCACUCGGAUUCUGUCUGUUUCACAUCCACCCAGAAAAGAGACAGGUCUCAAACAUGUGAGAAAUUCUCUGAUGAAGACUUCCCUCUGGAGAUCGAGCACCUUUCAGUGACUAAGCCAGCAAGCAGAUGCUGCAGGACUACUGUGGACCAAGACACAAGUUCCCCCAUGAACAAGCUGCAGCGAGCGCUGGCUGAGUAUCGACAGAUGGUUGCUGAUCUGGAGCUUAGCACUCUCCUCCAAGCAACCCCUCACUGCAGUCCCCACAGCAGCAAUCCUAAUAGGACACCAGAACUUCCAGAGGCUCUUCACAGAACCCAGUUAUCUGCUGCAGAAGAAAGGGAUACGUUCUCUUGUCUAUGA